AUGGUUGUUAAGACGAUUUAUAUUGCAAGACAUGGGUACAGAUCGAAUUGGCUGGCCAAAGGUCCGUAUCCUCUACCACCAACGGGCAUUGACAGUGAUGUACCGUUGGCAGAACAUGGUAUCCAUCAGGCCAAAGAAUUAGCACACUACAUUGUUUCUUUAGAGAAUCAACCAGAGCUACUGUUCUCUUCUCCUUUUUACCGUUGUAUUCAGACUAGUGAACCGAUUGCAGAUAUUUUGGAACUACCGAUUAUGAUUGAGCGCGGAAUUGGUGAAUGGUACCGACCUGAUAGACCAGUGAUUCCCGUAGCUGCGCCUUUGGAGACUCUGGAGAAUUUCUUCCCAGGUAAAUUAGAUCUUAAAUGGCAGUCUCAAGUAAUUCCAAGUGACAAGGGUGAAACUGAAGAAGACUUAUUCAGAAGAUGUGGUAAGGUCUGGCCACUAUUCAUUAACCAGGUGGAGACUCAAUACCCAAACGCUGAAACAAUAUUGCUAGUUACACAUGCUGCUGCUAAAGCAGCCCUCGGAAUGAACUUAUUGGGCUUUUCCAACUGGAGAGAGCCAUUGGACGAAGAUGGAACCAUUAUAAGAAGCGGAAGUUGUUCUUUAGAUAAGUAUGAGUUGGAUACGCGAAGCACGUUUCAAAAUGGGGUGAAUGAGGUACCACUUGAGAAUCGUAAAUGGAGAAUGACUAUGAACGGGAACGUUGAAUUUUUGAUUAAAGGUGAAGAGAUGAAUUGGGAUUAUAGAAAUGCACACGAAGCUGGUUCGGAUGCAGACAUCAAAUUGAGACAGGCAGCAGCAGCAGCGGCAGCGACCGGGACCGCCGUUCCCAGUGUAGUACCAACCGAAGAACCAGAGCUUGAAUCAGUCUAUGUCAGUGUCGAUAUCCCAAACGGUAACUACCGGGAAGGAAACGCCAUCGAUAGAACUGCAACUCUACAGCAGUCUGGCCUAGAGACUGAUGUACCGCUCUUCAGGGUUGGCGACCAAGUUUACGAGGGCCAGUGGAAAAAACUUGUCGGAACAGAGCUGGCAUUCCCUGGAGAGCCUACGACAAGCAAGAAACAAGCCAAGAGCGUUGAGUUAGAGACACCAAAUGAAGAAGAUGUUGGUGAAGAUGAAACGGACAACGCUGAAGUUGAUACUGCAAAAGAUCGCAACUCAGAUGACAGACACCAAGAGAAGAUUUACAGGAUACAGGACCACAUAGUACUGAACGACGUGGAGCGUAUUUGA